AUGGCUAUUCUGAGUGUUUUACUGUUCGCCGGUGUUGCUAUUGGCGCACCGACCUUGGUGGAUCGGAGCACCACUGUUUCGAUCAUGUCAGCUGGGCUAUCUCUACGUAUGCCCCUUACGCUAGCCUGGCUUCUGCAGCCUACUGUAGCACUGCGAAUACCUGGACUUGCGAAUUUGCCUGGUUUCGUUCCUUAUGCAACCGGUGGAGAUGGUGAUUCUGUGCCUAAAUGUAAGGUACGUUGGUUGGUGGCCUGCUCAGCUACAGUAGUCGUUGGUCACCAGGGGACCAACCCCGCUCAACUAGAGUCGCUCCUGACCGAUGCUGAGGUAGUUCGGGACAACCUUUCUUCAUCUUUGUUCCCAGGCGUGUCGAGUUCAGUCAAGAUCAAUCUGCCUCCGACCGUUUCGAUCAAAGCCGUCACAUUUGGACUCCCCAGGGUCGGGAACCAAGCGUUCGCAGACCUAAUUGACUCACAAAUCACGGACUUUUCAUAUGUGACAAAUGAAAAGGAUCUCGUCCCGAUCCUCCCAGGCCGUUUCCUCGGAUAUGUUCACUCAAGCGGCGAGAAACAUAUAGUUUCUGCCGGCUCCUGGUAUGCUUGCGUCGGCCCAAUCCCCAGCUCACCCAAUCGUGCCGACGCAAUGAACGUCCCGUCUCUGCCGAAGAUGCCCCUCAAACUUCACACAGGCUCAGAUUCAGAUGAUAUACCAUUGCCAAAGAUGUUCACCCGACGGCUGGAUAUUAUUAUCCCAGCGCAUAGUGCCCAGGAAGCCCGACUCGGCGCGCAGGUCGCCAGGUACGCGAUCACAUCGGGCGUUCGGCUUGUCGACGUUCUAUCUUCCUACACGGCCGAAGAGGCUAGGAUAUAUGCGGACAUGACCAUGAGUGCUCAGGACGAGGAAGAGGCGUGGUGCAUCGAUGGACAACUAGGAAUGUUUACCUUGAAAGUACCUAAAGAAGUAUAUCAGUCACUGGGAAUCACCGGAAAGGAUGUGAGUGGCGCAUAUAUUAUCCAAGUUGAUCUCAAAGAUAAGACAACCAAGCUAUACUCUCAUGCAAAGGACGCAAUUGAGAAGUGGGACAAGAAAUGGGAUGUGUGGACUGUUGAAGGUAUGAAUGUAGCCGAUCGACCGACGACGACACUAGAACAUAGAGUGAAGAAUACCGAACCUGAAAUUAUGAUCCUCAAGGAUGUGCUGGUGCCUACUGGGCUACCUUCGGAGGACGAUGAAGACGAGGUAUGGGCCGAAAUGUUCGAGUGGAUAGGCAUGUGUACGAUUGGUGCAAGCGGCUCCCCAAGAAUCAGCUCUACGAACCAGGUUAACCCCUAUAUCUCAAGUUACUCGGCACCAGAAGGAUCUAAAACAGGCUCGUUAACUCGGUUCCGUUGGGAGGGGCCAUUGUCCCAUAAAUUCGUUCAAGAUACUCUUCAAGUGGCGAGAGAAGGCAACCCAACAGAAUUAGUCGCGUUCUCAAUGUCGGCUUUUGAUCAUGUGCCUUGUUAUGCAUCCAAGUCGCGAUGCAAGGCAUGUGCAGGAGUGUUUUGCUCAGGGGCAUGGGCUUUGGCUGAAAAUAUACCGGCGGCCUGA